AUAUUUUGAUAAAAUUCUUACUUAUAAACUAUUAAUUUGAAGAUAUUAGUUUGCCCAAAUGCUAAUUUUCUUUUAUUUAAUUAUUGAAAUAGCUAAUUUUUCUAUUCAUUUAAAUAAUUAAUUUCUCAAGUAAUAGUCAAAGUAAUUUAAUUUACAUACUUGGAUUGUUCUUGGGAGUUAUGCUGGUUAUACAAGAAUUAAGAGAUAGCUACCAAACUAAUAGCAUAGUUAGUUUAUUUUCAAGCAUAAGAGCUAGUUAUAUCUUUGUGAGCCAUAUUAUAAUUGCUGUUUUCUAAUUUAAAAAUUAGCCCAUUAGCGAAGAGUUUUUUUAUUUUUUCACACUCUGCACUGCUGUUUUAGUCUAUUUACUUUUGCAAAUUUAAAAUCUCAAGAGGAAUUAAAUAUAAGUGCUUGAUUAAAGUAACUAAAUAAGAUCUGUAGAUGGGAUAGACACCUUAUUAGAAGAAAUAAUGAAGACUUACAAAAAUUCGUAUUAGAGCUGUUAUGAUAAUUUACGUUUUCACUAUUUAGUUUCUUAUCAUAAACGAUCUUGCAUUUUACCUACUUGUGUUUGCUAAAGUUAAAAUUUAAAUUAUUCUAAAAAUUAAAUAGAACUAAAAUUUGUCAAUGAACUUAUUGAAAAUAUCUUUAGCUAUGUAAUAUAGCUUUCAAGUUUUAGCGCUACAAGAAGCGUGAGAGAAAAAAUAUUUUUGAAAUACAUUACAUUUAUAGCAUUCUCUUUAAAUAACCCGCUUAAGUCCUAUUUUGAGCUAAGAAUGUUUAAUAAGAAAUACCAUGAAUUAAAUAGUUUUUAAUUUAACGCAAUAUCAAAUAUCCUUGCCAAAAAAUUUGAAAACAUGAUUCAUUAAACACAGAAAUAAUUAUAUUUAAGUAAGCUAAAUUAAGAUUUAGAUAAUAAUCUUGUUUUUUCUAUCUAAGAGAUUGUGGACACAGAUAAAAUUGAAAAGAUUUUUGUUGAUCUAACUUCGAAUUUUUUAAAGCAGAAAAUAUUAUUCUAUACUUUGAUCAAGAAAGAGAAGCUCUCUUUUCAAAAAAUAAAGACAUAUUCAUAAAAUUUACUUGCGUCAUACGAAAUACUGAGAAAAAAUCUAUUUCUUAAGUUGAAAAAAAUUAAAAACAAAAAGGAAUUUUAGAGAAACUAUAUUUUGCAAAAAAUUCUAUAGAUUUAUUGGAUUGUUGUAUUUGGUGGAAUAAAAAAGCCUUUGAAAUUACAGAAAGAAAUGAAUUUGAUUUUUAAUUUGAAUCAAGAAAGAGCUUAGAAAGAGUUCAAUUCACUAAAUUUAAUCAAAGGAAAUAUUUAGAUUGUGUAAGCCAGUAUUACUUAAGGUUAUGGAAAAAUAAUGAAUAAAUAAGAAACACAAUUAUCUAAAUUUUUUGGCUUUAACUUUGAAGAGUUUAAAUCAAUUAAUCAUAUAAAGGAGCUAAUGCCAUCAUAUGUAGCAAAAAUUCAUGAUGAGAUUGUUAAAGAUUUUAUUAAGAGAGGACAUAGCAUACUUCUUGAAGAGAGUCAUUAAGUAUUUUGUCUGGAUAAAUAAGGUUUUUUUGUUCCUAUCACUUUGUAGUUAUCGCUUGUUUAUGGAAUAACUGACGAUUUAUAAAUGAAUGCUGUCCUUUUAAAAUUAAAAUCAGAUGUAUCUUAUAUUACAUUUAAUCAGGUUGGCUAAAUUAAAGGGUUCGAUCGCAAUUUUUUUUCUCAUCUUAUGUAAUUAGAAAAUGCGGAUUAAAAAAUAGACUAAAUGAACCUUCUUUUAAAGAAGGAUUUAGAAAAAAUUAACUUAUUCUUUUUGAUCCCUUAAAUGGCUUCAAUUGUUCUUGAGUAUUUAACUAAGAUCAAUAAACAAAAUAAAAUUACUGAAGAAAAUUAAAAUAAAGAAUCAAACAUUCUAAAAAGAUAAAUUUAUAAAGAUGUUGAGUUGAAGAUCUGUCUACCAGCAGAUAUUUUCUCAUUAAUUUAAGCAUUUUAAAUUUAAUAUGAUAUAAAUCAAGACACUUCAACAAAAUCAGUAGAGUAUUCUACCAUUAAUAACUAUUUUUAGUAAUAUGAUAGCUAGAUUUAAAUGCUUAAUAACUUUACUUCCUUCUAUUUACGUAAUUAAGAAAAAUGGGAACAAAAUAAUUGCUUCAGCUAAUUUAAUUCAGCUGGGAAUAUAAAAGUUAACAUGAUAAAAAAAAAUAACUUGGAUAAAAGUGAUUUACAAAAUAAAUUCGAAGAAGAAAUGAUUUUUGAAUUAUCCUUUUCAGAUACUUAUCUUGAAAAUCUUUGUGAAAAAACAGAAAAAUAUGAAAAAUUGAGUAAAGAACUUCAAAAUAGCCAAAAUGAUAAUUUGAAGAAUAGAGAUAACUUUAAUUAUAAAGAAGUAUAAUUAUAACAAGAUUAAUCAUAGUACCAUGCUUAUCUUGAUCAGAUAUCACCAUAAAGAAAUAAUGAUCAAAAACAAAAAAACGAUUAGAAUACCAAUUCAGGUAGUCUUUAAAGCUAUAAUAAUAAUUCAAACCAAGAAUCUCAAAAUUACAAUAAUAUCGAAAAGCAUAAAAAUACUGUAAAAAGAGUAAAAGAGGUCAAUUUUAACUUUGAAGAAAGUGAAAACAUCAAAUAAAUUGCUAAAUUGGAAGAUAACUUAAUAAGUCCAAGAUUAAGCACUAGACAAUAAUUUUCUAUAGAUAAAUUAGAAACAACAAUAAAUGUAUUAUCUUCAAAUAGGAUCUAUUAAAAUAGCUAAUAAUUAUUAAGCUCUCCUAUGAAUAAUUCCUUUGUUGGAUAGAUAGUUUAAGAAAAGUAAAAUCAUGAAGAAAUUUAUGCAGCCAAAUUAUCAAAUAGAAGAAAUCAGGAUAAAACAUAGCUGGAAACUGUAAAUGCUUAGACUCAAUCAUAAAAUAAUAGAGUAAGAGGUAGCUUAGCUAAAGUGUUAAAAAAGAAGAUAGAAUCUUAAAACUACCAAUUACUAGAGAAGCAAUAAAAAAAAUAGAUAUCAUAAAUUAACUCUUCAAAUAAAUCUUAAAUCUCGUCUUACGAAGUAGUAGAUAACGAAGUAUAUGACAGCUAAGACACAAGUUCUUACUUGGAUAUUUUAAAAGAAAAUAAUUUGAUAAACAACAUAAUUCACCGUCAAAAAGAGAACAUGAGUUCUUCUUUAUUAAAAAUUAUACUAGGAUAUACAGUUAUUUUCUCCACAAUUCUAUCCACAAUAUUUCUGUUCUUUAUUUAUAAUAAAUAAAAUCAGCUCUAAGAUUAUUUAAACAAAUCUACAGUUUACUCUUCAUUUUUUUCUCAAGUAUCCUAAAUCAGUUUAACAUAAUUGCUCAAAUAUGAGAUAAAUCUAGGCGUACAGCCUAAUUUAAAACUUGAACAGAUUUAUUAAAUAGGAUAAAGAGAUUAAUUUGAUUUAAUUUAAUAAUAUUUGAAAAGUGUUGAAAAAAUAGUGGAAUUAGAAAGUAACCAGCAAAUUGUUGACACCCAAGUCUACUCAAUAAGUAAAGGAAAAGAAUUUUAAUUGUCCUCUUUUAGCUUUUACUAUGAAUACUCUAAUGCGAUGUUCUAUGUAGUUUAACAAGAAAAACAACAGAGGUACUAAGACAUGUCUUAUUUCUUGUUCUCAAAUAUACUUUAAAGCUAGACUAUUUCUACAACUUUGAUUUAAAAUAACAUAAGUGAUUUGAAUAUCAUUAUAAAAUAAAUAAACUAUGCUUUUUUGUUUGCAAUUUUUAUAGCCAUAGGAAUCUAAAUCCUAUUAAUAGUUUUUAUCAUACCGAAAAUAAAUAAAAUCAAUAAAUUCUAAGAAGUAAUUCUGACUGUUUUCUCAAGAGUCACUUUUGAAGAGGUAGAACUACAGCUUAGUAGAUACUAAUGCUAUUUGGAUAGAGUUUAAAAUACAGCUAAAAAUUGGAUUUAAUUUGAUUUCUUAAGCGUUCAAACUCUAAACGCUGUUGAAUUAGCUAAAUUGAGCUAGAAAGGCUAGUUUAAUGAUAUCAGAGAAUCAAAAAAUAUUCAAAGUAGUGUCAAUUAAUUGGAAGAUAGAAAAGGAGUUUAUCAAAAGUAAAUAUCAACCAAAUUAAAUAAAACUCAAUUAAAUAUAUUAAAAUAUAUUAUUCUUUUGGCUGUUUUUAGCUUAAGCUCAAUAACUUUUAUGGCUGUAGGAUUAGGAAUAAGUUAUAGUAAUUAAACUGACAUUAAAAACAGGUUAGAUCUUUAUUAAUAUAAUUAAAAUGCAAUUUAAUCUUUUAGAAGUAUUUUAUCACUAAGCGAGAUAGCUUUAAGGAUAAACGCAAUCAGAUAAACUGAUGUAAAUUUUCCUGAUAACAAUUUGUAAGAAAUUAGAAACAUAUUUAGCUUAAAUUUGAAUGUAAUAAAAACUUACAUUAUAGAAAUGAAUCAUUAUGUUUCUAAUUUAUCUAAUUUGGACAAUAAUGAGGAAAAAUAAAUAGAGACUAUUUUGUAACAAAAUCUGUGCAAUAUUUAUAAAGACGAAAUAUAGUGCUCAGAUACCUCUUCUACUUAAAAUAUCUUCUAAUAAGGAUUUUUUUCUGUUUUGAGUUUAUAUACAUCAUUUUUUCAGCAAUAUUCAGAGCUGUUGAAAGAGUCGUCCUUAACUAAACAAUAGCUAAUAGCUUUAGCUUAGUAGUAUUCUUCUACAGAUGAGUAUAUCAACCUUAUACCUUAAGGAUUUAAUAUUCCAAAUAGAAACUUUGAAAAUUUAUUUUAGACAAUUUAACUUCUAUUCUAGAACAAACUAAACUAUCAAAAAAUCUUUUUAUUGUGUUAUAUUUUAGUAGGAGGUUUUAUCAUGUAUUUAAUCUGGCUGCUAUUCUCAACGAAAUUAAAAAUGAUUUUUGACAAAGACAUUAAUGCUGUUAAAUUUCUCCUUACUUGCAUGCCUCAUGAAAAAUAAUAAGAUGAUCAUAUUAAUCAAUUAUUAAAAAUUGUCAAUAAAAAAUGA